AUGAGUUCAAAGAAAAAGCUUAGUGGGGCUGAAAAUCGAAAACGAAAACAAGAAAUUGAAAAAAAUGUUCAAAAAUUACCAAAAAUCAUAAAUUUCUUUACAAAAACAGAAACCUGUGAACUGGUUCCUUCAAACGCUGAAAGUUCAUCAACUAUUAUAGCCGAAGAAAAAAAUACAAAAAAUGUUAUUUCUACAGAGCCUGCGCAUAGUGAUGUGGAGUAUGAUAUAGCUAUAGAUGUGAUUAAAAACAGUUGCGAUAAAGUAGACACCAUAAACUUAAAUUUUGCUGAUCUUGGUACAUGGCCUCUAAAUAUUACAGAUACACAAAGAACAUAUUUAGUGAAAAUGAGGUACAAUUAUACUGAAAUUCAUGAUUUUAGUAAUUCGGAAAGAGACGGUAGAAAUGUUAAUUCCGACUGGUUUUUUAAGAUACUUUUGAAUGGAAAAAAAUUAAAAAGGACAUGGCUCAGCUAUUCUUCUUAUAAAAAUGCACUUUUUUGUGUACCUUGUAAAUUGUUUACUAAAAUCGAAAACUCAUCUAACGUAUCGAAAUUAGCAUACACUGGCUUAACUAAUUGGAAAAAAGUUACCGAAAAAAUUCCAUUACAUGAAAAUUCACCAAUACAUAAAAAAAAUGUGUGUUCCUGGACUUCUUUGGAAAUUGCAUUGAAUCAGUGUGAGGGUAUAGAUAAAGAAUUGCAACUUUCUAUUAGAAAAGAAGAAUGUCACUGGAAAUCCGUUUUACUGACAAUUAUAGACAUUAUAAUGCAUUUGGCAAUGGAAGGAAGUGCGUUUCGAGGAUCUAAUGAAAUUGUUUCGAGUGUGGGAAGUUCAAACCAAAGUGGAAAGUUUUUAAAUUUGGUUAAUCUAGUGUCUCAUUAUCAUGAACCAUUAUCAAACCAUAUUGAAAGACAUAAAAAAGGUGGUUUGUCUUAUUUUUCUCAUGGUAUUCAAGAUGAGUUUCUAGAGAUUAUUGCAAAAAGAGUUAAAGAUGAAAUUCUUUCAAAAAUAAGAGAGGCGAAAUAUUAUUCUAUAUUAUUUGAUUGUACACCGGACAUUGCACACCAAGAACAGAUGACCCAAGUUAUUCGCUAUGUUAUACAAAAUAACGAGAGUGAAUGCGAAAUUGUAGAAAGUUUUUUAAAGUUUGUGCGUGUAUACCAAAAAACUGGUGAAUCAUUAACAGAAGAAAUAUUAGAUUCUCUGUCAAAAGAUAAUCUUAGAAUAUCAGAUUGUAGAGGACAAUCAUAUGAUAACGGGUCAAAUAUGAGUGGAAAAAUUAAAGGAGUUCAAGCACGAUUAAUUGAAAUUAAUAAACUUGCAAGAUUCAUUCCAUGCUCAGCUCACUCCUUAAAUUUAAUUGGUGUUAAUUGUGCAAAAAGUAUACCUGAAGUAGAAACGUUUUUUGGCAUCGUACAGAAAUUAUUUAAUUUCUUUUCAAGUUCAACGCAAAGAUGGGAUGUUCUAAUGAAUAAUUUAAAGUUAUCAUUGAAAGGGUAUAGUACAACAAGGUGGUCAGCUAAACAUCGUGCCAUAAAAUCUUUAAAUACUCAACUGGAUAUGGUUUUUAAAAGCUUUGACGUUCUUAAACAAGAAACAUUAUCAGAAGAAACAAAAUUUGAUGCAGAUAAUUUGAUAAGAUCACUUAAACGUUUACCUUUCAUUUGUAUGCUUACGGUUUGGGAAAAAAUUCUCAGUGCAAUUGACAGGAUUAAUAUAAUUUUACAAAAACCAAAAUUAACAAUUGAUGUAGCUGUCAAACAUCUUCAAAGCCUCCUUAAAAUAUUAGAAAACUUUCGAGAGCAAGGUAUAAAUGAGGCUUUAUCCGAUUCAAAGAAUAAAGCUAAAGCAUUAGGCAUAGAAACUGAAUUUCCAAAAGUCAGAUUACGAAAAAAGAAACUUUUACCCGGAGAAAUUGCAGAAGAUGAUUUUUAUAACAUAAGACUACGUCAAAGAUUUAAAUCAAUGGAAAAUAUCGCUCAAGAUUUUUCAUUUUUAGAUCCAACAAUAAAUUAUUCAUGGCCUAUGGAAGACUUAAAAAGAUCCGGAGUAGAUUUAUGCAAUAAAUAUGAAAAUGACCUUAACAAAUUUGAAUUCAUUUCAGAAUUAGAGAGCUUCAAAGAGCAUGUUUACAACAUAA